AUGCCGAUCCGCCGCAUCUCCCCGGAGCUGAUCGACGAGGUGUGCGGCUCGGUCACUCCCACAUUGUCGGUGCUGAACCUGUCGCACAACGAGAUUGCGACCGUCGAGAACCUGGACCGGCUCGCAGCGCUCACGCGCCUCGACCUCAGCCACAACCGCAUCACGCGUCUCACCGGCCUCGAGAGCCUCAGCCGGCUGUCGUUUCUCUCGCUCACGUCCAACCGGCUCCGCGCCGUCACGGGCCUCGAGCACCUCCGACUCCUCGAGGUGCUGCUCCUCGGCGACAACCAGCUCGGCUCCGUCGCGUGCCUGCGCGCCCUCUCGUGGCUGCCAGAGCUGCGCACGCUCACGCUCGCAGGCAGCAACCCGCUCGCCGACGCCUCAUCACACACCGCCUUCGUCGCGAGCCUCCUGCCGCGCCUCACGCUGCUCGACGGCGAGCCGCUGCGAGGGCGAGAGAGCCCGCCGCUCGGCGCCCUCGCG